CCUAACACCGUAGCCGGUAGAGCCACCCAUCCUAUGCUCUCCCCGUGCCGCCGCGUCCGCCUAGGCUUCCGCCCUCUCAGUUUCGUGUCCGCCCUCGCCGCGCCCCCGGCCGACGCUUCCAUUUCCAUUUCCACCUCCGACUCCGACCUCGACCUUGAACCCGAGUCCCACGGCCCCGCGGAUGCCGCGCUCCUUCGUAGCCGCAUGCGGGCAUCGGCGGCGGAGGGGGACCUCGCCGCGGCGCUCGACGCGCUCGCCCGCCUCCGGCCCGCGCCCGCCGCCCCAGACUACAACGCCCUCCUCCACGCCUACCUCCGGUCCGGGCGAGCCACCGCGGAACACAUCGCCGCCGUGAUAUCGCACAUGCGCUCCGUCGGCCCGGCGCCCAACGCCCUGACCUUCAAUACCGCCUUCAACGGGCUGCUCUGGCUAGGCCAGCUCGACGCCGCGCACGAGGUGCUUGAAGAGAUGUGGUCGGGCUGCGGAUUUGUGCCCUCGUUCACCACGGUGGAUAGAGUAAUCAAGAAAGCUGUCAGUGGCUCUAACUUUGACCUUGCUCUGAAGGUGUUCGACCUAAUGCUCAGGCUGUGUUACUUGCCGACUCUCCCUACUGCCAAUGCCAUUGUCUCGAUUCUAUUGAAAAGUGGUGGAGCUGAGACUGCAUAUGAGGUUUUCAUGGUGCUUGUAAAUAGAAAGUUUGUGCCAGAUGUCUAUAUGUACAACCAAAUUCUGUUUGGCCUGUGUAAAUCGGGUUGCAGCAACAAGGCGUUGGUUCUGUUCUGUAACUUGAAGAAGAGAGGACUCCCUCUAAACGUGUAUUCAUAUACAGCAUUGGUUUUUGGAUUCUGCAAAGAGAAGAUGUUGGCUGAAGCAUACAGAGUAUUGGAGAUGAUGUGCAAUGAAGGGUGCAAACCGUCUGUUGUAACAUAUACUGUAGUUGUGAAUUUCCUCUGUAAAGAUGGGAAGACUGAUGAUGCGAUGCAUAUUUUCAGGAUGGCAUGCAAAAGAGGCUGUUGUCUUGAUAGCACCAUAUGCAAUGUGCUACUCCAUGCACUCUGCUGUGAAGAUAAAAUUUUGGAAGCUCGUGUGAUCAUCGAUGUGAUGGAGGAGACAGGUUUGAUCCCUGACUAUUUCACCAUUUCUUCUCUGGCUGCUGGCUUUCUGAAAGCUGGGCAUGUCAAGACCUGUCAGAAUUUUGUACGAAUGGUAUGUAACAGGGGCAAUCUUGUUGAUAUUGUCACUUGGAAUAUAUACCUCCAUAGCUUAUGCUGUGAUGGCCAGGUUAAGAAAGCAUUAUCUUUGGUUAGUGGAAUGAUGGAGAGAGGACUUUUACCAUCUACUUCAACAUGUAACACAAUACUGAAAGGAUUCUGUAUGGAGCUGGAUCUUCAGAGGGCAUUGCAGAUGUUGGACUAUUUUAGCUCUACUGGUGUUCUCUAUGAUUCGGUCUCCUUCAACACUAUCCUCUCUGCAGCCUGCAGGCAGCAGAAUGCUUCAGUUAUCCAUAUUGUUCUCUAUCGUAUGAAUGUAGAAGGGAUAAACCUUGAUGCCAUCAGUAUGACAUGCUUACUCCGAUACUUCCACAGAUGUGGGAAGUUUUCACAGAUGUGGGAAGUUUGCUGAAAGUGUUAGCCUUGUUGAGAGUAUGCUAAUUGAGGGCAGCCAACUUCUUGUGCAUGGUACUUGAGGACAUCAACAAAGUUUAUGGUUGGUUUCUUUUGUUGCCAGGCUAAGCAAGCUUGUACGCUUGAAGCAUCCAAUCUUCAGUUCAGCUUCCAUAAUGAACACGAUCUUGUAAGUUUACCCUUUCCUUGUGAAGAAUAUCGAAGGAGAAGUCAGUCAAUCUUAUUCUUCAAAUGAAUUAUGGUGCUGGCAUCAUUAUGCACUCUCAUACCGUUUGCAAUAUGCAGUGUUGACUUGCCAACAUUCCUCAACACAACUCAGGAUUCUCUAGAGUAACAGGAAAGGACAACGAACUUCCUCCACAAUGUUGAAGUAGUAUUUAACCAAUGAGGGGGACUAGUAUAUAAGACUAAAGUAUGGAACUAGCAAACUUGCUUCCUUCUUGUAGCCAACAGAAUUUAUGAUUCAAUGGCAACAUUUUGGAACCUGGUACUGGAUGGUGACCAUUGACUCCACCAAUUAGGGAAGAAAAAUAAAUGGUGUGACUACUGGAGACACUUUGUUUCAAUGGCAGACAAAAGAAAUACAGAGAGUGCAAAAUGACAGCAAAGUUAUCCACAUUGCUAUCACGAGAUGAAUACCACCAUUCAGGGGAACGAAAGGUGAUGGAGAAAGAGCGAAAGAUUCCAGAUGUACUGUAUUGUGCUUUAUAUCGUACUACCUUCAUUUCAUAUUAUUCACAAGAGACAAGAGCAUGCAUAAAUCAACCUCAACUUUGCCUCUACCCAAUAACAUCAUUGUCGGUAUGAAUUGAGACAUUUGUGGGCCGGGCUUUGUGCCUGGCGGUUGCGGUCGAGAGUGCCGUGGCCCGCCCGGCCCGUUGCGCUGGUAGGUGGACUUAUUUCACUUUCCCCGUCACAGUGUCUGGCAUAAGAAUCUCAGCCAUCCGAUCAGCUAUGAGCGGCCUAGAUCAACCAAAGGUCCCCCACAUUCCACAAGUGAGCAUGGCCACUGUUCGUCUUCGCCUGGCAGUUUCUGCGCGUGCUAUGCCCUUCAGAGGAUUUGAUCUGUUUUGGUAUGACCUUCUUGUCUGGAUGGGUGAGCAAUCGUUUUGUUUUGGAUGCGAAUUGUUGUGUUGCUUUCUUGCUUUGUUUCACUUCUGAUUUCUUUUUCUUUUUCUUUCUUUCGCCUUUACAAGCUUUCCAUUAUGUUUUUCUCCCUCGGAGAGCUUCAC